GGCUUUGCUCAAAGCCAUUGCUUAUCAUCUUGACUGAUUCAGACAUGGAUCUCGUGCUGAACGUUGCCGACCACUAUGUCCUCACCCCCUAUGUGUACCCGUUGUCAUGGCCCGAGGACACAGCACUGCGCCAGAUCAUCAGCCUGUUGGUAGUCACCAACCUGGGGAUCGCGGUCCUCUACCUGGGCCUUGGCUGGCUGAGCUACCAAUUCAUCUUUGACCACAACCUCAUGAAACAUCCACAGUUUCUAAAGAACCAGGUGUGGCUGGAGAUCAGACAUGCCAUGACCUCACUACCCAUUAUUAGUAUCCCCACCGUGGCGUUAUUUUUCAUUGAGGUCAAAGGAUACAGUAAGCUCUAUGACAUCGUUGAAGAAUCUCCCAUGGACUGGCCCUUUGUGCUUUUCAGCAUUAUUUCCUUUGUGUUAUUCACGGAUGGGUGCAUCUAUUGGAUUCAUCGGUUUCUUCACCACAGAUGUAUUUACAAGCACUUCCACAAGAAGCAUCAUGUGCUGAAGAUCCCCACGCCGUUCGCCAGCCACGCCUUCCACCCGCUGGACGGCUUCCUGUCGAGCCUGCCCUACCAUGUCUACCCCUUCCUCUUCCCCCUGCACAAGGUGCUCUACCUGGCCCUCUACAUCUUUGUCAACAUCUGGACCGUGUCCAUCCACGACGGCGCCUACCGCAUGCCCGGUCCACUGCAGGAGGUGGUCAACGGGGCGGCCCACCACACGGACCACCACCUCUGCUUCAACGUCAACUACGGCCAGUACUUCACCUUGUGGGACCGCAUUGGUGGGUCUUACAAAAAACCCUCGGUUCUCGAAGGGAAGGUCCCCCUCGACUGCAUUAGUAGACUGACGGCCGAGGGGAAGAUUAGCUCUAAUGGGGCUAAUGCUAAUGGCCACACGAAUGGGCAUGAUAAUGGAAGUGGUACAAAGAGCAAGGAGGAGUAGCUGGUAGCAGCUAACCAAACUAUUCUUUCAGAGAACCACCCAGGCCAUCAAGACCCAUGCCUCACUCCAUUGUGUGUUUGAUAGCCAAUGGGUUCUCAGCAAACCUUUCACCGCCAUAUCUGAGGAGAAGCGGUCUUCCUGCCGCAUCCAAGCAGUAAAGUAGCCAGCUGGAUAACCUUGGCGUCUGACUAAGGUACUCAUCUAUAUCCAAUACAUGUUUCUUCUGACAUGGACAAUUUUGCCAGAUCCAGUGAACGCUUCUUUUGUUCUUCGUCAACACAAUUAACCAAAACAAGGCCACUUCUAGUCACCUUGAUUGGAUCUACCUUUCCCACUGCUUUCUUCACAGUCCUCAAUAUUACAAAUGGAGCCCAAUAAGAAAUGCAUUAAUGGACUGGUCCUUGUCUUCUUUCUACUACAACUUUUGCUUGUUUUGUUCCAUUCUGUGAUUUCACUAUUUUCCAUUCAUUAUCACACACAUCACUUGCCGCACUUUCGGAUUCAAGCACAGUCGCCUUUUCCUCCCACCCUGGUUUUUCAUCCCUCCAACUGGAGCGUUGGCCACCAGAGGCACUUGGUGCACAUGUGGCACAUACAUAGGGCUUGUUCUGGAGGGUGCAAAGUUACAAAAUGUCCAAAUAAAAACAUAUAGUAGAACAUGUGCCAUAUGUAUAAAGCUUCUCAGAACCUAUGAGUCAAGUUACUAUAAAUCAAAUCAAAUGUUAUUUGUCACAUGCCUUAUAAACAACAUGUGUAGACUAACAGUAAAAUACUUCCUUACAGGUCCUUUUCCAACAAUGCAGAAAAAAUAUAAAGUUAAAAAAGAUUAAACAGAAAUAUAAAGUGACACUAGGAAAAAAUAUUCAGUCAAUAACAAAUAACAAUAACUAGUAAUUAGGCUACUUUUGAGACAAAUUCCAUUUGUCCUUAAAGGGAUAGUUCACCCAACUUACACAAAAUUACAUAUUGGUUACCUUACCCUGUAAGCAGUCAAUGUACUCUGUAUGCAUACAAGGUAUGACAGUAAUCCAUUAUUUGGUUUAUUUUCCCUGGAACGGUUUCCAAGUGCUAACGUUUUCAGCAUUUGUGGCAUAAAUCCCAUGCAAGUCAAGAUACCUAUAUUAGCAUUUUUCGCUCAUUAAGUCCAUGUCAUCUGAGUGAUGUUUCUGAGCUCCAUAAUCAAUUUAAGAUACUUUAGGAGGAUUUGGAUAUUAUGCACAAAAAAGGCUAAUAUAGGUACCAUGACUUGCAUGGGAUUUGUGCCACAAAUACUAAAACAAUGGCAUUUCAAAACAGUGCCAGUGAAACUAAACCAAAGCAUGGAUAGCUGUCAUAUUUAGACUUCUUACAGGGUAAGGAAACCAAUAUGUUAAUUUGUAAUUUGGGUGAACUAUCCAUUUAAAGUUGAGAGUCUGAGGUUAAUAUAAAGCUGCUGAAGAAUAGGCCUAGGAGAGUGGAUUUAAUGCAGCAUUCAUGAGAUGUCAGAACUAGGAAAGUCAACCAUUUCCGACUUGGAAACUCAUUGUAGAAAGACGAUACCUGAGUUCCCCAAUUGGACAGUAUCUGAAUCAACCAAUAUGAAACUCUAUGCAAAUAAGGUAUGUUAAUUUUAACUCAGAAGUUCCGAGUUUCCAACUUGUCAUGAAUGCAGUGUUAUUUUAUUUUAGUGUUAUUUUACUAUAAACCCAUUGAAGAUUCUUACUUACAAAGAUAAUCAUUAUUUUUAGAUUAUUUCUUUAACAUGUUUGCUUUACAACAUAAUAUGAAACAAUUCAAUUAUAAUUCUAACAAUAGUUAAAAUUGCAUACUAUGAGGAUUCUGUGUUAUGCACUAUAUCCUGUUACCAUAUAUGUGAUUGAAUAUUAUCUGUUGGCUUGUGUGGAUGUAUGUGGAUGUAUGUAUGUGUUAUGCAACAUAGCUGACUUGAAACAUUGGUAACCGUUUCAGGGCCAUGGGCCUUUCUCAUGAUGGAAAAAUACAGAAUAACAUGAAGACAGGAACUGUGCAAUGAGUUAGGGGGGGCACAUUCAGGUAGUGUUGCGAGAACUAACAGUCUUUUGUUAGAUAACAGGAGCUAGGUGCGAAAUAACGGUAUCGAGCAUGAGCGCAUAGAUAUUCUACACAGCAACAGUUACAUCUAUCAGCUGAAGCGCUUAGGGGGUUGGGACCAGCUCUGCGCCAACAAUCAACGAUAGGCUGGGUGAGUCUAAACCACGCUCAGUCUCUACUCUGACAGGCCGGCACGGAAGCAGGAACUAUUUCUGUCAGGGUAUAUUUAUAAUAUCCUUGUCAAGAACAAGUCAGUUAGUUCUCUGUUUGCCCUGCGAGGUGGGACAGAGAGCCCGAAUAUACAAAAAUUGCAUUUACCACUUAUUGCUUAGCUAAUAAAAAAUACAUAGCAUACAAUCGGUGACUCAGUGUCAUAUUUAUCCUGAUACCAGAUUCGAAUUAACACAACAAUACAUGGCACCGUUUUGAAUUACAAUCGGAGUUGUACUUUUUAGGCGUAACUGCGCAAGAAAGCUCUUAAAGGGGCAACAGGGUCUUAAAAGAACAAUGGCCUUUUCUCAAUUAGAUUUGCUCACCUCCGGCAUCCUCACUCCAUCCUCUCUCGCCUACUUUUGAAAAAGGUUGAAAGGUAAUCAAGGAGAGGCGGCUUGGAGAGAAAUACAAUUCUCAAAAUAAAUGUGUACAUUUAUACGAACAAAUGAAGCAAGACAUUUUAUAGAUAAAACAACAAGUUGCAUAUUGUUUUUGAACGCAUGCAUAACUCUUCCACGGUAGGAUACACGUGUGCUUCCUCGCCAAAAGGAGGCUAUCAAGCCAUGCUUGAGACAGCUUUUUCCACCACCAUCAACGAAAGACCAAAUUAUGGGAAUUUCUUGUGAAAGAAUGAAUCUAUGCCAAGGUGCCUUAUAGCUAUUCUGGUGGCCUAGCCCAAUAUUGGACUAAAGGAGCCUAACGUUACUCCCUAGUCCAAGGACCUUACAUGUUCUGUUUAAAGGGUGAAUUGGCACUGGAAGCCAAAACAGCCAAUUACUCCAUCUAAAUGUGAAUCGAUACUCAAUUGCGGUACAGUUCUAGAAACAUGAAUCCCUAUACUUUCAUGUCACAUCAAAAUAAUUUCACAAAUGCAAAAUACACACUUACUGUAUGUACACUGUUUUAACACGUUUGUGGCGACAGUUUUCCGAUUACACACAGGUGUUUAGAGACGCAGAUAGCUAAUUAGCACAGGUAGUCCACUCUGUCUUCUAUCUCUUUUACGUAAACAAGCUCUGUAACGUGGAAAUAUGACCCUGUGGGAACCCUAGCCCAAUAAAGGUGUGUAUCAAUUUAACCUUUACUUUUUUCACAAUUAUUUCUUGCCGAUUUGAACGAUAAGGUCCUUAUGCUUCCAAAACUGUACCGCAAGCGAUGCGUGUUAAUUUUCAGACCCAGCGUUGUGGCUCUGAACAAAACUCUCCAAUGACUCUUAUGUGUAAUGUAAUGGAACUGAGAGUCAUGAUCAAGGGGCUAAUGGUGGCCCAACUCCCUAUUAAGACAAUAUGUUGGUGUUUCCAUUAUGUCUUCAGUCAUCUGUAAUAGAAACACACAAAAAACAGUUUUGAUAGAAUAAUAUACCUUGAUAUUCUGAAAGCACUUUUAUUGAUUACAUUUUUUACUAAUUCAGUUGCAUGUUAUUCAGUUGCAUGUUAUUAAGUUGUGCAAAGUAUGAUUUAAACCCAAAUGUGGAAGCUUGAAUUCAUUGCCGUGUUCACAUAGGCCUACUGUCAGAGUUAUCGAAGCUCCCAGUGGCGAUUUUAGCAUGUAAAUCUUGGUGGGGCAACAAAAAAAAUGUGGGAUGCCUGCCAGCAAAGCCACUACACAACACAACACUAAACAAUACAUUAAUUGCACUAUAACGGUGACAAACGGAGCCCACAAACUGUUAGGGCCUAUAUAAAGUUUUGCAGACAACACCACCCUCUGGAGAGCCUUGCGGUUGAGGGAGCGGUGCAGUUGCCAUACCAGGCGGUGAUACAGCUCGACAGGAUGUUCUCAAUUGUGCAUCUGUAAACGUUUGUGAGGGUUUUAAUUUCUUCAGCCUCCUGAGGUUGAAGAGGCGCUGUUGCGCCUUCUUCACCACACUGUCUGUGUAGGUAGACCCUUUCAGUUUGUCUGUGAUGUGUACGCCGAGGAACUUAAAACUUUCCACCUUCUCCACUACUGUCCAGUCGCUGAAAUGUACAGCGACAGAAUUCAGAACAUGGGCUGUUCUUACAGUGUACUACUAUCAGUAGCAGUGUCAAAGCUGUACAAAAAAAAGUUUGCAAACAAGCACACACCUGCCACAAACGAUGUGUUUACAAUACCGCGUUGGUGAAAAUAGACCAAAUUAUUAGGGUGAGGCACAUGGGCUACUAAAAGCUUACUACACAACAUACACUUAGUAUUACUUUCUUAGCUACUGUACACAUAUAUCUCUCUGGCAUCCUACAUAAUUUAUGAAGCAGCAUAAGACAUGUUUGGACUCAUGUUGUUGUGAUGUGCUUGAACAUGAAGGUGGUGCGGCUGUCCUUCAUGGGCAAAUGUUGUCAUCAAAGAGGAAGAUGCUGGUUUUACAUUUCUGAGUUGAUUGACCAUUCAAAACGUAUUAUUCCCAACUUCCCAGUAGCAAUGCUUGCAUUUAGCCACUGUCACCGAUUCCUGACAAACCACUCAUUGUUGAAUUUGCAAUCUCCAAAAAGUUUUGUAAUGUUUAUGUCCAAUGGCCGAUGAGCACUGAUACGUUUUAUCUGUAUUUUCUCUUCACUAUUUCUCUUGAUAUGACAAGGAUUAAAAAAGAUUUGCCAGUUGACUUGAUUCAUGAUGACUGCUAGCUAAGAUUGUGAAGGUAAGACGUUGAGUUGAUCAGUCCAAUCAAAGUUACUGUACAUAUAACGUGAUUUAACGUCAUAUACACACACUACCGUUCAAAAGUUUGGGGCCACAUAGAAAUAUCCAUGUUUUGAAAGAAAAGCAAAUGUUUUGUCCCUUAAAAUAACAUCAAAUUGAUCAGAAAUACAGUGUAGACAUUGUUUAUGUUGUAAAUGACUAUUGUAACUGGAAUAUCUACAUAGGCGUACAGAGGCCCAUUAUCAGCAACCAUCACUCCUGUGUCAUGACGUGCCCUGGGGGGUGGAUCAUAGCCCUCAUCUCUCUCUCUCCACAGUUUUAUAACUUUACGACAGGUCAUAAAUACCUGCCAUGCAAUAUUGAGAGAGUCCAAGAGAACAAAGACCCUCUCUUGACCAAACUCCUAAAUCCCCAAAAUGGGAGAAUUAAACUAUAUUUCCACUUUUGAGAAUGUGGGAAUGGUCCGUGGACACUUAAAGGACAGUCAUGAUGAGUGUCUUUCAUUUGGUCGAUCUCAUGAAGGACAGGAAACACACAUAACUGUAUCUCUUAAAGUGUACAUUUCCCAGCUGUCAGGUUUAUAUCUAAAUAUUGUAAAACGUAUGUGAUUAAACAUGAAAAUAUUUGUGAAAAUAUGUAAUGUGAUGUUAACCUUCUAAAGGAGAGGAUUUUCAUAUAAAGAUGAACUAGUCAGUGGCCACGUCCACGAGAGUCUGUGUUAUUGAACCACCCUUUUCUACUGAAAUGUAUAAAACACACUCCUGAUGAAAUUCACACCAGACCACAGUAUAAGCUAAGGUUGCAAAUGGUUGAAUUUCUAAGACUAGAAAACAUGAGACUGAUGAAUCCUACAGGACGAUCGAGGAUUCCAACAGAGAAGAAAGACAACAAUGACAUACGGGGGUAAAUAUAUCAAUUGCAAUUAUUCUCGACUGAGCAGCCGUUCAUGUGCAAAGGAUUGUCAUUCCAAUGAAUAUAAUUAUAGACUGUGUGGAGUGAAUCCAUUUUGUCUUUCCCACUCUUUCUCAGUCCCCAGCCCUUUUCUUUUGUCUACCAAGCCAUCAUAUCGGCUUAGCCCACUAGGGACUUUUCUAUCAUUGUUAGUAACCAAUAUCUACUGUUUGUUCAUGUA